AUGUCAACGCACUGUAGGGAAUUGUCGCCGUCAGAAUUUGGGUGGGGAAAGCGAGAGGUUGCGGGUGGCGCUGUGCUUAAGCCGCUCCUGCGCCGCGAGAUGAGGACGCGACAGCAGCCUGAGGUCUAUGAAAUACACACUGCACGCUCCUCAAUUGCUGGACUCUCGAUAGGAAAGGUCUUGGUAAACAACGUCACCACGUUCCGCGCUUCGUCGUCGACAAUGAUUUCCGAUUCAGACCUCUACAAACUGGCCAUCUUCCUUGGCUCUUGCGCCAUGCUGCUGAUAGUUCUAUACCAUUUUCUGGAAGUGAACUCAAAGGACAGCGCUGCCGGUUCAGAUACUGCUACUCCCGCGUCGAAACCAACCCCUGUGAAAGGCCCCGACGCUUUGAAUCCUUCAUCGGCUACGGCGAAGACGACAAUCUGA